AUGGACGUUUCAGCAAAUCUCGAAGCACAAAAAUCAAAAUAUCCAUCGAUAAAUGUCGAAAAACCAAUUCCUCUGCAGUUCGAUCUUGGGCUACUGGCCGCUUUCGAUACAAAUGCUGUAGACGAAGCGGAAUUGAAAAAGGAUGAAAAUACCUAUUUGAAAAAAUGUACGAGGGAUAACACGCAACUCUUGAUCAAUCAAUUAUUUAAAUUACCAGUGGAUUCUUCGCAAAAUGUUGGAUUACUUAUAGAAUUACCCGAUCCGGUCACCGCUAUUCCCAGGGAGAAACCUCUGCCAAAAUCUAAACCUUUGACAAGGUGGGAGAAAUUCGCAAAAGCAAAAGGAAUUCAGCACCGGAGAAAGGACAGAAAGAUUUUCGACGAGGCUUCUGGCGAAUGGGUUUCACGAUGGGGAUACAAAGGAGUAAAUGAUGAUGGCGCGAAUGAUUGGUUAAUACCUGUUCCAGAUAAUUCGGAUCCAUACGAAGAUCAAUUUGCUAAAAUGCGCGAAGCGAAAAGAGAACGAAUUUUAAAGAAUGAAAAACGCCAUCGCAGAAAUGUUGAGGAGGCACAGACAACUCUACAACCGUCAAACAAUAAAUCGGACGCCCGUACAGCUCGUAAACUGGAAUUGCAGCAACAAAUCGUCACAUCUAAAACUGCGACAGCCAGCUAUGGAAGGUUCGAUAAACCCUUGGAUGGCGAUUCAAAAAUGAAGGGCAAGAAGGGAAAGUUUGAACCAAAUGUCGGAGAUGUAAAAAAAGAAAAAGAAACCAGCAUAAAUAUAUUAAAUAAUAUUGUAGGGAAAAAAGUUGAGGCCUUGAAUGUGAGAAAGGCCAUUGCGAGACGUUGA